AUGGGGGUCGCGCUGCCGCCGCCCGCCCCGCGGCGCUGGUCCCGCGGCGCCCUUCCUCUCGCUGCCUUGGCACUGCUGCUCCUGCUGUAUUUCAGUGUUCGGGCAUCCAGUAUCCUCUCGGGCUGCAGACCCGGGGUCCGGUCUUGCAUUCCGAAGGCACGGCUACCUGUGCAGGUACGCCCGGGCCAGGGCGGGAUCCAGGAGCUCCAGUUAGACCGCCGGAACAAUUUCCUCCGAGUCGCACGGGUCUGGGUGCCGAGCAAGCCCCCUUCCCUUCCUGCCCACUGCCAGGUCCGGCAAGAAUCGGGCCCCUCGAUGGCCCCGGAGCGGGAAGAGCCUCCGUGCCUGGGCCCUGAGGGGAUGCUGGGCCGCAUGAUGCGGCCGUUCCGCGCCAGCCUGAUUCCCGAAGGGGACGUCGCCUUGUCGCGGUACUUGGCUGGAUGGAGGGAACUACUCAGGUUCCUAACUCCCCUCGGCUCCAUCUUCGCCUUCGCCGUAAGCGAGGCCUUCGCCAAGGUGACAGCCCUGGAGGCCCGGGUACACGGCCCGCACGCCGCGCACUACUCGUCGCUGGUGACCAUGGCGGCCUGGGAGCAGCGGACCGGACUGCUGGAGCGGCCGGGGACCGAACCCGGGGACUCGGCGCGGUCCUCGGGCUCCCGGACGCUGCUCUUGCUGCACCGCGCGCUGCGCUGGUCCCAGCUCUGCCUCCACCGCGUGGCCACCGGGGCGCUCGGAGGCCCUGACGCUGGCGUGCAGUGCGGCGACGCCUACGGCACGGCCCUGGCCCCGCACCACCCCUGGCUGGUCCGCCAGGCCGCCCGCCUCGCGUUCCUCGCGCUCCCGGGUCGCGGCGCCUUGCUCGAGCUGGCGUGUCCCGGAGCCAGAGAGGCGGAGGCGCGGUCGGCGCUGGCCCGAGCCGCCGGCACCCUGGAGGACGUCUACAACCGCACCCAGGGCCUGCUGGCCGAGCGCGGUCUGCUCCAGCUGGCCUGA